AUUGUUGAUAAAUAGAAGAAACUUGUAAGAGUCGGCUGUGCAAAUGCGUAAUUUUUAUAUUUAAAUUAAUUAUUAAUUAUUGAUUGUUAAUAGGUAAACGCAUUAUCGGAAUUAUAAAUAAAAUAUUAUUAACGUAUAAUGUUGUCGUCAAGUAGAAAAUUAUCGAAGCUUUUGAGAAAAUUACAAUUUCCAUUGCAAUCGGAAAAUCGCUCAAUAAGCACUCAAGACGUUAUAAAACGAGAAAAUAAACACGCAGCCCACAAUUACCACCCCUUACCUGUAGCACUGACCAAAGGAGAAGGCGUUCACGUUUGGGACGUGGAAGGCAAGAGAUACAUCGACUUCCUCAGCGGUUAUUCGGCCAACAAUUUCGGUCACUGCCAUCCCGAAAUAGUAAAGGCCAUUCAACGGCAAAGCGCCAUCUUGCAUCACACCUCCAGGGCCUUUUUCUGCGACGCGCUCGGAGAAUACGCUCAAAUCAUCACCAAAUUAUUCGGCUACGAUAAGGUCCUGCCGAUGAACACAGGCGUGGAGGCGGCCGAAACGGCCUGCAAACUGGCCAGGAAAUGGGGCUACAGGAAGAAGAAGAUCCCAUCGAACGAAGCGAGAAUCAUCUUCGCCGCCAACAACUUCUGGGGCAGAUCGCUGGCGGCCGUUUCCGCCUCGACGGAUCCGGUUUGCUUCGAAGGCUACGGGCCCUUCCUGCCCGGCUUCACUUGCAUCCCCUACAACGAUCUAACUGCGCUCGAAAAAAUCCUGCAGGACCCGCUGGUGUGCGCCUUCAUGGUGGAGCCCAUCCAAGGAGAAGCGGGCAUAAUCGUGCCCGAUGAGGGUUAUUUACGGGGCGUGAGGAAACUCUGCACCAGAUACAACGUGCUCUGGAUAGCUGACGAGAUUCAAACCGGUUUAGGCAGGACUGGGAGGAGAUUAGCAGUAGAUUACGAGGAGGUGAAACCUGAUAUCCUGGUGCUGGGGAAAGCGCUAGGAGGCGGCGUUUACCCCGUCUCAGCUGCACUGGCUGACGAUGAUGUUAUGAUGGUGAUUGAACCAGGUAGUCACGGUUCGACGUUCGGAGGGAAUCCCUUGGGUUCCAGGGUGGCGAUCAAGGCUCUGGAGGUCCUGGAAGAGGAACGGCUGAGCGAAAGGGCCUUCGAAUCGGGGGAGAAGUUCAGGAGCGAAUUGAAGGAUCGACUGGGGAACAACGAGCUGGUGAAUCAGAUCAGAGGAAAAGGGCUGCUCAACGCCGUAGAGAUUAACAGGAAUUUCGCCGAUGCUUGGGACGUUUGUUUGAAAUUGAAGGAAAACGGUUUGCUGGCGAAACCCACGCACGAAGAUAUCAUCAGAUUUUCGCCGCCUCUCAUCAUCGAUGAUGAACAAUUGCAGGAAUCUAUAAGUAUUAUCGUCGACACCCUUAACUCCGUUAAACCGGCCGAUAAUUAA